AUGGAGGAUGUCAAUUCGAACACGGAGACUGGUGAAACAGUUUCAAUUGCUCCUCUCCAGCAAUCCGAUCAAUCUACUUCCAAUGCCACAUUCCUCACUAGUGCAGUAGGCAGGCUCAUCGCCAGUGAGGGAGACGCAUUUCGACAUCUUCAAAUCCCUUGUUCAGUAGUAUGCACCAUAUCGGAUCGUCUGACACCGCUCAUUGUUGCCUAUUCCCAGUCAAUACGCGAUGACUGUCCCUCAACCCAUCCUUCUGAAGUCGAAAGUGCUGAUUCCGAAAUAAGGGAUUGGCGUGCAGCUUUCGAUGCAGAGUUCCGCGCCUCCAUUGUUAAAAUAAUGUAA